GCCAUGUUAAGGAGUCUGGUGGGGCUGAGGGGGGCACCAGCAGCCCUGACCCUGCCCGUAGGAGCUGGCCUCACUACACUCGGGAAAGCAAAGCCUAUUCCAUGAUACUCCUACCUGCUGAGGAGGAGGAGGAGGAAACCCUGGGUACUAGACCUGACAAGCGACGGCCCCUGGAGAGGGGGGAGACAGAGCUGGCCCCAUCCUUUGAACAGCGGGUACAAGUGAUGCUCCAGAGGAUUGGCAUGAGCAGAGGCAGCGGGAGUGCCGAAGGCAAGAGGAAGCAAAGCAAGGACCAAGAGAUCUAGAAGGCUGGCUCGGAUGGUGAUAUUAUGGACAGCUCCGCCGAGGCCCCUCCCAUCUCGAUCAAGUCCCGCACCCACUCUGUGUCCGCUGACCCCUCGUGCAGACCUAGUCCAGGAGGCCAAGGGCUUGAGUCUACUAGCUGGAAGACACUGGGGCAGCAGCUGUAUGCAGAGCUCAGGGGCCGUGGUUGGGGCCAACAGGAUGGUCCUGGGCCCCCCUCUCCUUGUCCCAGCCCCAGCCCGCAAAGAGUCAGCCCCUCCCCAGAGAGCCUGGGUCUCCUGGAGGACCCUUGCUUGGGCCCCAGGAAUGAAGAUGGCCAGCUGAGGCCUCGGCCUCUCUCAGCAGGGCGACGAGCAGUGUCUGUGCAUGAGGACCAGCUCCAGGCCCCUGUUGAACGGCCCCUGCGGCUACAGCGCUCCCCUGUCCUCAAGCGGAGACCAAAGCUUGAGGCACCUUCAUCUCCAAGCCUAGGAUCUGGCCUUGGAGCCCAACCUCUGCCCCCACAGUCUGAGCCAAACCCAUCCUCCCCAGCCACAGACCAAAGAGGCGGCGGCCCCAACCCCUGA